UAGCACUGGAACCAUUGUUUUGCAUUCAGUAAUAAACUUACAACAAAAUGCAAUUCUUGGUAAAACUUUUAUUUAUUGCUUUGGUUGCAACCACUUUGCAUCAAAGUAAUGGUGAAAAUAUUUUUAAAAAAUUAGCUCAUGAUAUUGAACAUGUGGCUGAUAAAUUUGCCCAUGACGUCAGAAGAGGCUUUGAUGAUUUCGGUCAUGAUGUUAAAAAAGGAUUUGACAUUUUUGGUCAUGAUAUGAAAAAAGAUUUCGAUGAUUUUGAUCAUGAUGUGAAAAAUGCUGCCGAUGACAUAGACCAUAUUAUGAAAAAGUUUGGUGGUGAUGUGGAUCACAUUGUUAAGGAGUUUGAGUCGCAUGUAAAGGAUGCAAUCGCUAAGGCCGAACCAUUUUUGAAAAUGGCCAGAAUCAUCGUUAAAGAUAUUGCAUUGCCUUUAUCUGAAAUUACCGAUGUUGCAAUUUUGAUUGAAAUGCUUAUGGCAUAAUUUUUUAAUAUUUUAAUUUUUUUUAUUAAAUGACUCACUUGCCAAAGCGUUUAACUUAGAUUGAAAAAUAUAUAAUUAAUUUUAAUA